ACUCAGGCAGUGUGACAGAGUGUGUGUGAGCUUCAGUCUGAGGGAUUGGUGUGUGUGGAGGAGAAACAGUAAUGAUGAAGUGCUUGUAUCUUUUGUCUGUUGUGUUUCAAAUGGCUGCAGGCUGUGCUCUUUUUGACAAAAAUCUCACAGAAAUCACACAACACAAAGGACGUUCAGUGCUGUUACCCUGCUCCUGCUCUGACCUGCACUCCAAACCUCAGAAAUUCACCUGGAUGACCUUCAGAACAGGACAUUGGACUGAAGUGUUAAAUGAUGAACACUACCGUGGCAGAUAUCAGCUGUUUAAUAACAUUUCUCCUGCUAAUCUGUCACUACUCAUAUCUGACCUGAGAGAAGAAGAUGAGGGAGACUACAUGUGCAGCACUGAGAAGGAACACAGAGACAUUACUCUUUAUGUUAAAGGCUGUGAGCUGGUGAAUAAGACCGUGGUAGAGAAGGUAACUGGGUUCAUAGGAGAGUCUGUAGUUCUGCCCUGCAGCUGCACUGAACUACAGGACGACCCGAAGAGGGUAACAUGGGAGUUUAAUAAAAACAAUCACUUUCAGGAAAUUUACUCUAAACAGACUGGACAUCACAGUAACAGAGUGAAACUGGUCAGUAAAAACCCUCCAGGAAACCUCUCUCUACUUAUAACAGACCUGACUGAAGAGGACCAGGGACUCUACAGAUGUAAUGAACAGUAUGAUAGUAGAGAUCUGAGUCUGUCUGUUAAAGUAAGAACAAGAGAAACUUCAAAGCAAUCGAGAAAACCAGACACAACACCUCCACCAGAACAGCCUCAGCGUAAAACAACAACUUCGCUGCCUGCAUCAUCCUCAACAACAGAAGGGGGCAGUGUAGAGUCAUCUACAGAGGCAGGCUGUGCUCUUUCUGUUAAAAAUAACACAGAAAUCACACAAUACAAAGGAGGUUCAGUGCUGUUACCCUGCUCCUGCUCUGACCUGCACUACAAACCUCAGAAAUUCACCUGGGAGACCUUUAGAACAGGACCGCUGACUGAAGUGUUAAAUGAUGAACACUACGGUGGCAGAUAUCAGCUGUUUAAUAACAUUUCUCCUGCUAAUCUGUCACUAUUAAUAUCUGACCUGAGAGAAGAAGAUCAGGGAUACUACAGGUGUAGCACUGGAUUACAGGAAUACAAAGACAUCAGGCUUAAUGUUAAAGGCUGUGAGCUGGUGAAGAACACAGUGGUAGAGGAGGUGACUGGAUUCACAGGAGAGUCUGUAGUUCUGCCCUGCGUCUGCGCUGACCUACAGAACGACCCGAAGAGAGUAACAUGGAAGUUUAAUAAAAACAAUCACUUUCAGGAAAUUUACUCUAAACAGACUGGAAAUCACAGUAACAGAGUGAAACUGGUCAGUAAAAACCCUCCAGGGACACUCUCUCUACUCAUAUCAGACCUGACUGAAGAGGACCAGGGAUUCUACAGAUGUUCUGCACAGGAUGAUCACAGAGAUCUGAGACUGUCUGUUAAUGUAGGAAGAAGAGAAACUUCAACACAAUCGAGAAAAACAGACAAAACAUCUCCAUCAGAACAUCCUCAGAGUAAAACAACAACCUCACCACCUUCAUCCUCAACAACACAAGUUGGAAGAAAAAAACCUUUAACACAAUGGAGGAAACCAAACAAAACACCUCCAUCAGAACAGCCUCAGAGUAAAACAACGACUUCUCCACCUGCAUCAUCCUUGACAACACCAGAACAUGAUAAACAGCAGCCUCCCUUUUUCGGAACUGUGGCAGUUUUACUGUUGGUGAUACCUGUUGUAGUGGCAUUUAUUUGUUGGAGACGCAAAGCAGGAAGAAGUGGAGAGAACAUGAUUACUGAAGGAUGUUCAGAUAAUAAAGGAAAUCCGGAGGAUCAGACUGUUCCUGAUGUCACUUACUCUACUGGAACCCACAUAAACACAGCUGGAGCAGCACGGGUUCAGAUCAACGAUGGAGAAGAAACUGAAAACGCCAGCAUUAUAACAAACUAAUCCACGGUGAAUAAGUAAAAUAAUAAGAAUAGCAGUAAAACAGUGUGCUGCAUCACAGACAGGUAUCUUAUGCAGUGAGAAUAAAUGCCACUACUAAAGCAAGAAACCCAAUUAACAUAAUACAGCAAGUCUCCUUUCACUGCAGCCACAACUGCACCUCCAGGAUACAUCAUCUCCAGCAUCAAUAUAAACCUAAUCAAAUGGUUUUCCAGGAUUUUUUUUUUGCUUUUUUGUGCAAUUCUUCUGUGCAGUUUUCCUGGGGAUUUGAAAGGGAUGCAAAUGUGGUGUUUUUGUGCAGAUUUUAAGGAAAACAAAAAGCUUGAAAAAGCUAAACAAUUGUUUUAAACUGUUUUGACUGACCUUUCCUCAUGAUGUCCAGCUUUUCAUAAAAAAAAUGAAAAUGGCGUUGUCAGUACAUCUGGAAUCAAAGAGAACUAUUAAAUAGUAUUUUUAUGAUUCUUGAAUUAAAGUUUAGGAUUAAACAGAGCAUCAGUUGAUAGUUGGAGGUUUUAGGAAUUUAAAGAGAUUUUUUUGCAGGAUUGUUUUUGUUUACCACAAGGAACCUCACAUCAUUUGGAAAUCAGUAAUGAUAUUAAACAUGGCACAAUAUUUCCAGCAAUAUUUUAACAGAAAUGUGUUUAUUCUCAAAAUAACGAAAAAAUUUACUUUACUUUUACUUUACUACACAUCCAUAAUCUUUUUUUAUUAUUAUUAUUUCCUCUUUCUUUCUUUGUAGGCUGUGAUUUUUAUACUUCAUUCAUGUUUUAAAAAUGUUGUUUUGAAAUGCUUGAUUAAUAAAAAAAGAAUUGUUAUUUUUUAAAGCAAACUAGCUAGUAAAAAGCCUCCAUGAUUGACAUGUAAUAUUAGAGAUGCUGAUAGGAUUCCUUUUUCCCACAAAUUCCCAUAUUUCAAUUUAUCCCUCCAGUGCUGUGAUUAUUUAACACCAACCCGUUUCUGUGCUCAGAUUGGCUCAGAAAUGAAUUUUCUAGAAGGCUUUUCCAUCAUCAUGUUUUGUGUAAGAAGUUUUAUCUAUGCUUUUCAGUAAAGAGAAACAAACUAAAAAAAAGGUGAUUUUCACUUUCUUACAAACAUGCAAUGUAUUUGAAGGCCUGUUAGUGGAUUUAUUACAAUCUGUGUGUAAUGGUGUUCCACAGCGGAAAAAUGCCAUCAUCUGUCCGCUGCUAAAUAAUAUAAAUAAAUGCUACUAAUCAGUGCCAUCUGCUGGUCAAAAUAAAAAAUUGCAGAAUCCGUGAGAUACUUUAAA